GGAGGAUCUGACAGAAGCUGAGCAGAGUGACUUGCUUGAAGAAACUACUCGGCGCUUUGUUCCACAAAGACAUCUAUUCUACCAAGUUUUCCAGGGUUUUUUUUUCGUCCUGGAUAUGAACUCCAUCUUUCCUUUUUCACGGAUAGCUUAAACGUGUUUUUGUUGUUGUUUUAAAUAUAUGUUAUAUCUUAUUUCCUUGUGUGCCCGAACUACUUUGUCCAAUCCGGUUGCUAGCUGGCGGUUUGGUGAUUCUUCUCUUCAAGUCUUUGCUGUAUACGAGUUAUAUAUAUAUUUAUUUGGUUUUAAUCUGACCAAGAUAGGCGGCUCGGGUACCAAGAUGUCGAACCGAAUGGUGUGCAGAGAAGCGAGCCACGCCGGCAGCUGGUACACCGCCUCAGGAUCCCAGCUGAAUGCACAGCUGGAGGGCUGGUUAUCUCAAGCACAAUCUACAUUAGGACCUGCUAGAGCCAUUAUAGCACCACACGCUGGUUAUACCUACUGCGGCGCUUGUGCAGGACAUGCCUACAAGCAAGUGGACCCUUCUAUUACCCGGAGGGUAUUUAUUCUAGGACCUUCCCACCAUGUGCCCCUGUCUCGCUGUGCUCUAUCUCCUGCUGAGGUCUACAGAACACCACUGUAUGAUCUGAGGAUCGACCAGAAGGUGUAUGCCGAUCUCUGGAAAACGGGCAUGUUCGAGAGGAUGACUUUGCAAACAGAUGAAGACGAGCACAGCAUUGAGAUGCACCUGCCUUACACUGCCAAAGCAAUGGAAAGCUGCAAAGAUGAGUUCAGCAUCGUUCCGGUGCUUGUGGGAGCGCUGAGUGAAUCUAAAGAGCAGGAGUACGGCAAGCUGCUUAGCAAAUAUCUUGCUGAUCCCUCCAACCUUUUUAUUAUCUCUUCAGAUUUUUGCCACUGGGGUCAACGGUUCCGUUACACAUACUAUGAUGAAAAUCAGGGCGAAAUCUAUAGAUCCAUCGAGCAUCUGGACAAGAUGGGUAUGGGAAUUAUAGAACAGCUGGACCCUGUGUCCUUUAGUAACUACUUGAGGAAAUAUCACAAUACUAUUUGUGGUCGUCACCCCAUUGGAGUUCUACUCAAUGCCGUGGCAGAGCUGAAAAAGACUGGUCUAGACAUGAACUUUUCUUUCCUCAACUAUGCUCAGUCGAGCCAGUGCCGAAACUGGUCAGACAGCUCAGUGAGUUAUGCUGCUGGAGCUCUUAUAGUUCAUUGAGGUGAAUUCUCCGAGGAGCAACUUGAGCUUCUUUGAAGACCCCAGAAAUCCUUCCCAACUACUUAAAAACAGCCGAAGCUUCCCCUCAGCCUCUUUAUAACGCUGUUUCCUGAUUUUCUUUUCCAGCGAAAGGACCUUAGAUUUGCUGAGAGAAGCUAUAAAGCAUUAAAUAUUAAUUAAAUAUCUUCAACUAUUGCACCCCACCCAUUUAUUUCUUUUCAUACUAGGUUAAUGCUUUAGAAGUACAGUUGCAGCCUGUGCUGCUUUGGAUGGUUUUUAAUUUAGUUUAUUUAGUUGUUGUUUUUUUUUUUUUAAUGCAAGCUUUCCUGCAGUGGAUUUUGCAGCCUGAUGGAAUCUGCGAGGACUUGUCAAGUUCUUCAAUAUCUGUAAGAAAGUUUGUUUCCAUUUAAGUUGAAAUAAAGCAAACGAUAUAUCCCUAUUGA